UGAAGGGCGGGUCUUCCCUUAUUCACACGGAGCAUUACUAGCUGUCCUGUUCAUAUUUCAACCAGUGCUUGAAGUUUUCACUUGCUGUGGCAGGAAACCGUGAUCAUAUCUAGUCAUGAAAGGCAAGAAUUUCAAAGAUGAUCUGGAAUUCCUUUUACAAGGUGUGUCUGAAUUUGACAUCCAGGGUGAGUCUGUGCCAUCUGUGGUGCUGGUACAUGGAUCUUCAGCAUUUCCUAUUGGACUCACACCAAGUGGAAAGGCAUUUCUUGCUGGGGCCUACUUUGGACAGGGACGAGUAAUUGUAGCCAGCCAUGAGAGUUACUUGGGUCGUGAACCACUGUCUACUUUCAUGAUCAAUGCUGUCCACUGGCUUGAUAAUGGUCGUAAGGGGGUUAUCGGCAUCUUACCUGAUCUUAAAGAGGCCUUCUGUCUGCUGAAUAAGUCAGGACUACAGUGUAGGUUGACUGGUUUUGAGAAGGGCCUGAGCGUCUUUGUCUGUACGUCAUACAGUGAUGCUCAGUGUAAAGAGAUCCAGGAAUUUGUUGCUGGUGGUGGUGGCCUCCUGAUCGGGGGACAUGCUUGGUGGUGGGCUUAUUGCAACCCUGGCUGCAAUGUGAUGACAGAUUGCCCUGGAAAUCGUAUCCUCAGCAAGAUGGGAUUGAGCCUCUUGGAGAAAACUGUGAAAGCUGGGUUGUACAAGGCUCCACAUUUUCCUCAAGAUGCAAUAGAAUUUCUUUUACAAGGAGUUUCUGAGUUUGACAUCCAGGGUGAGUCUGUACCAUCUGAGGUACUGUUGCAUGGUCCCUCAGCAUUUCCUAUUGGACUCACCCCAGAUGGAAAGGCAUUCUUUGCUGGGGUACAUGGACAGGGACGAGUAAUUGUGGCCAGCCAUGAGGCUUACCUAGACCGUGAACCACUGUCCACUUUCAUGAUCAAUGCCGUCCACUGGCUUGAUAAAGGUCGUAAGGGGGUUAUCGGUGUCUUACCUGAACUUCAAAGGGCCUACUGUCUGCUGAAUAAGUCAGGACUACAGUGUAGGUUGACUGGUUUUGAGAGGGGCCUGAGUGUCUUUGUCUGUACGUCAUACAAUGAUGCUCAGUGUAAAGAGAUCCAGGAAUUUGUUGCUGGUGGUGGUGGCCUCCUGGUAGGUGGACAUGCUUGGUGGUGGGCUCAUUGCAAUCCUGGCUGCAAUGUGAUGACAGAUUGCCCUGGAAAUCACAUCCUCAGCAAGAUGGGAUUGAGCCUCUUGGAGAAAACUGUGAAAGCUGGGUUGUACAAGGCCCCACAGGUGAAGCAUUAUGGCAUUUCUUCUACACGGAUGUAUCAUUUCCAGGAUUUGCUUCAGCAUUUUGCUGGGCAUGUGCUUCAGGGUCAGCAGCUGGGAGAUUAUGAACAAUGGUAUCUGAAGAAGUUUGGCAGUGACUGUGCCAGUUAUCUCCGCAUGCAGGCAUUCGACUGUGACAUGUAUAAGUCAGUAGUUGUACUUCUCACAGACAUAAUUAAGGCAGGAUUUCCACAGGUGUCUCCUACACAUCCUGUUAAAAGUGCAAAGGAUCACCUGCUCCUCCAGGUGGGGACAGAGUUAUUUAGGCUCAGCAAAGACACUGAUGAACUUCUGUCAUACCUCAUCGUAGACACACCUGACCUACAAACUGUGUCCAAUGCAAGAGUCUGGAUCAGUGCUAACACAGCAGAUGAUGAAGAAUGGAUAAGCACAGGUCUGUAUCUUUCUCCUGGAAUGAAGACCAACAUGACAGUGCCUGGGACAAUACUAGGAAAGGGUUGGCAGGUGCAGAUCGGCUGUCAAACAGAUGACUUAAGCAGCGCAGAUGAACUGAAACGAGCUCCGGUGGUGUUUGUACGUUCACCUUUGGAAAAAGAGAAUCUGCAAGUCUGGAAUCUGUGGGGAGGACUCAUAUACCUGAUCGCACCUCCUAGAACUACAGUACCUGAGAUGGAGGUCGUCAUACAGACAGCUGUAAAAGCACCGUACUACAAGUCUGGAGAGACCAGCGCAUCUGACUGGGUCGCUGAGAUCCGUAAAGCACCAGCACCUUGGGCAGAGCUGGAGUUCGAGAAUCUCAUCAUCACCUUGCCAUCAGACGUGAUACGACACCUGGACCGUCCAGACGAAGUGGCCGCUAUCUGGGAUUCCAUUAUGAGGAGUGUAGCUGAGUUGGCUGCUAAGCCUGCAAAGUUUACCCGCAAGGAACGCUUCGUCGCUGAUGUUCAGAUCUCAGCUGGCUAUAUGCAUUCAGGUUACCCCAUUAUGAUGCACUCUGUAUCUGCCCCUGACUUGAUGAAUCCAUAUGCUGCUGGGAAAAGUGAUUUCUGGGGCCCGGUCCAUGAAUUGGGCCAUAACCAGCAACACUCAGUCUGGGAGUUUCCACCACACACUACUGAGUGUACCUGUAACCUGUGGUCUGUAUAUGUACACGAGGUGGUGCUGGGUGUGAACAGGGCAAACGCUCAUGAGGAAAUGACAGAACACAGAAGACAGAGCCGAAUUAAGAGAUACAUCAAGGGAGGUCGACGUCUGGAAGACUGGAAUGUCUGGACAGCACUGGAGACUUACAUGCAGCUUCAAGAACAGUUUGGCUGGGAUGCCUUCAAGAAAGUCUUUGCAGCUUACCAUGAUAUGAAUGAUGUACCAGAGGACAACGGUGGCAAAAUGAACCUGUACGCCGAGACCUUCUCCACGGUGGUAAAGAAGAAUCUGGUCUCUUUCUUCAAAGCCUGGGGCUGGCCCAUCCAAGCCAGCACAGAAGAGAAGCUGUCCAGCCUGCCUGUGUGGAGUGACCAUCCUCUGGUCCAGUAUGUUGCCAAAUGAAGUGCGAUUUCACCAAAGUUGCCGAAACAAAUGUGACAUUAUUUGAAAAGAAUAAAUAAAUUCUAAGCAAACACAAAUUUCUUAUCUGGAAAAUUGGUACAGAACAGCAAAACAAAAUUAUAUGUUACCAAACAUUCAGACACACUUACUCAAUUCCUUAUAUCUCUUCUCCAUCAGAGAUACAGAGCAAAGGCACAUCCUGUUAGAGUUCAGAUCAGUAACCAUAGUCUAGUCAUGCAUGAGCAAGCUAAAUAGAGAAAAACUGGCUGUCCAAGGUAAAAGAUUAUGUGGUCCAAAUUAGACAUAUCUGUGAUGCACUUUGUAGAGGAUUUUUUUAAGUUGCUAGCAUAGUUCCCCAAACCUUUUCCAUAGGGAACCUGCCUCUGAGGAUGCAAGUGUAUCUUGUCAGAUAGCCAGCCCAGUCCCCUGACCUUAAACCCCUCUGAAAAUCUGUGGGCUGAGGUGAAGUCCAGUGAACCUAGUGAACCUGGGGCCGAGGAGGAUCUAGAGAGAUCCUGUAUUGAUACUGUAUUCCUUGCUCUGGAUUCUGCAGUCUCAUCCAGCAUUAUGGAAGAAGACUCAUUGCUGUUAUGUUGGCAAAGAGAAGCUGCACAGAUUACUGUAGGGUGCUAGAAAUUAUGACAUUUGUUAUAAAAAAAUUUUUUUGAAGGAUGUUUGAAUUUUUUAGACUAAACAUACUUCAAUUAAAUGUUAGGUUUGUUUCAUAUAGUCAUACAUUCAGUGUAAGAUUGAGCUGAAUAUCCACAAAUAAUUUUUCAUGACCCAAUAAUUAUGGAGCUGACU